UGAAUCGGGACCAUGUCAAUCUUCGUCAGGAGUCGGGCCGUCGGGCGUCGGUCAGGGCAUCGGUUCUUUAUUCUAUGAGGGCAUGCUAUGCUAGCACAGAACACGUAUAUGAUGCUACCAGUUGUUCUUUAUUCAAUGAUGCUAGUAGCUAGUCAGACUGGAAGAGCGGACGGUCCGUGACUGCGUAAUCGAAGAAGCCCACUGUGUUUGUGCAUAUGUGUUGUGCAUAUGUUAUGCUGCUUAAUUUAAGGAAAUUCAACAACGUUGAAGGUGCAGCGUAGCGACGAUGUCUUUGAUGAUUUCUACGUUGCUACCUGGUAUCACCGACACUUGUUCGUCGUCAGCGAGGAAGGACUGUUGGCUCUGCGAAGAGGUGACGCAGUGGAAUUUCUUCUUAAGCCCCUUCUGUCUUAAACUGGAGGAGGAAGAGGCCGGAAACUUGUGUCUGCGGACUUUGACCAACGCCUGGCGAUACGAUAACGAUACGUUUGACGUAGUAAACGGCGUAGGUUACAGCACGACCUAUGCUCUGGCGUGCCUUACCCGUCAGCACAGAUGUAUCAAAAGGCUGAGCCUUGGCCAUCACGUGUUCGAAUCUCGGGGGACUUCAUCUCAAGUCGAAACCGUAGUCGAAGCACUAAGACCAGAGAGCGCCGUUGAGUGCAUAGAGAUUUCCGGAGGCGCAACCCGUUAUUGGAAUUCAUUGCUGAAUGCUGUCGGUAGCGUUGCCGCUUUAAGGAGCCUGCGUAUCGAAGACGCUGUCAUCGACAGUAGCCUGGUAUGGAGGCUCGCCGAACUUUUUGCGGCAAAUGGAGGACGUCUGCAGGAACUUGUCAUUUCCGCAAGCGAGGCGGUCCCUGACAUACCCAGGCAGCUGAUUUGUGCCAUCGACCAGUGUGAAGCCCUGACUGAGCUGUCACUUGAUGGCCAUCUGGCGUUAGAGGCUACCACUGCCUUGGAACGACUUCUCCAGUCAAAUAAGUCCAUCCAGAAGCUUUCUCUGCGAGACAGAAGACAAAACCAAGCCUUUUUAAGUGCGCUCUGCGGUGGGCUUAGCUUGAACUUCUCACCCACAGAGCUACAAUAUGAAUGUGCCUCUUUGAACUUCGGAGAGCUGCUCAAGCUACUCAUGUCCAGCCGAGUGCUGAAGCAUCUGGUUUUGAGCGGCGACGAGUGCAAACCGGGAACGUUCGGAAAACAUGACGGCAUGUGGUUGAAUAAGUUUUUGGCGCGUAAUACCGAACUUCGCAGCUUGGCAGUUCGACACUGCACUUGGACGCUUGAUGCUGCUGAAGAAGUUGCUGCCGGAAUCUCACUUAAUGGCUCCCUGGAGCGUUUUGACCUUUCUCAGUGUCACAUGGACUUAAACACAGUGAUGACAUUGUGCAGUGGACUCGAAAGCAAUGAUACUUUGAAGCGGCUUAUGUUUCAUCCCGACGAGAAAUUCUUGCAUGCGCCGAUUGAUUUGUCUGGAAAGCUGCUGGCUGCUGCAUGCUUCACUCGUGUGGUCACAACUUGGCCCGAGGCAUGUGUGCCGUAUCUCGCAACAGCCCUGAAGGAACCUGCGCUGUGCCCGCCAGAGCUGCACAUCAGCACCACCGGGUUUUCUGACACAUCUUUUGCGCGGCUGUGUGCAGCUCUUGGCUCCAGCACCAUAAAGCACCUCUCUGCGAAAUUCUCCAACUGUGACUUCAAUCCGGCGAUGCAGUUGCGUGAUGCAGUCAUUGCCAACUGCUCCAUCAGGACGCUUGCAUUGCAGGAGGACAGCAUCGCUACCGACGUGUGUUUUGCUGUGGCAGAAGCCCUAGAGAAAAACAGAACAGUGACCGAAAUUUCCUUCAGCAUCAACAACCUAAAUGAGAGAAAUGUAAAAUAUCUCUCGUCAGUGGCUACUGGCAGUGAUGUCUUGGAAAAAGUGUCGCUAAACUGCAUCACUGCAAUACCGUUGUUUAUAGACCACCUACGCAGCAUUUCUUUUUCGCUGAAGCACAACGGUACACUAACAGGUUUUUACAUCUUCGAAGAGAGACGCCGCAUUGAAUGUGUAGUUGCUGAAGUCAAGGACAGUGUAGAUAAGAAUCGGAGAAAGUGGAACUGCGCGCUUCAAUUUGUUCUUGAACCUCGCAUCAACAAGUGCUGGGCAGAGGCAUUCGAGUCAUUGCAAAAAAAGCCUUGUUUUCUCCCACGUGUUGCGGCUGCCGCAGGAAAGUCAUUGGAAGAUGCGUCGAGAAUGAUCAGAUCGGCCGAGCGUUUCAUUGCAAGAAACUACCUUUUAGUAACUGAAGUGGUGUCUCGAGGUGUUACUUGUCAUACUCAUCAGAGGACUCAGGUGGACAGCCUCAACAGCGACUGCUGGCUGGUCAUUGGGCAGUAUCUAAGCGUGUUCGACGUGCUUGACAAAGGGCCCAUAUUUGCAAAUUUAGGCUCAUAAUACGGUUUUACGAAUGUUUAGUCUAGUUGAAUGAAAAAUUCUGCGUACUAAGGAGUUUAACUUAACCGUCUACAGCUUUACUGUAGAGUGAAGAAAAAGAAGUGUAGGAGCAACCGUGUUCAGGCACAUGAUGAAAAAACAAAAGGCAAUAGAAGACAAAGAGAAUGACUAUGCCGGUGUGUGGCGACUCGGUGCAUCAUGAUUGGGCCUGUGUAUGCACGUGACUAAGCCAAUGAACGAUGGUCUCGUGGUGCCCCGAAGGUGCGGUGUGCUACGAUAGUGCCUAGUGUCUGCGUAUGCCCAAAAAGGUGUGAAGAGGAGGUCGGGAUGCGAGAGAAGCGACACGUGCACCACGAGCCAAGGAGAUUGAAUGCGGUGGACAUCCUUGGAGGCCCCCAAUGACCCGGAGCAAGUGAGAAGGCAGCCAAAUGGACACUGCUAAGAAAGAGUUCCUAGGCCGCGCGCUGUUCUGGGACUACCAGGGGCCUGUUGUCGAGAUUGAGGGUGCCUGUGCAAGUGACGAGUGCUUAGUGCCGAGCCUAGGCUUUCAUGGGUGCCUGGGCAACCGCUAGGCAAUGCUGACCCUAGCAUGUGUCUUCCCCGCCUGCGGCGUUCCGUGCAACGCCCGCUGUCGCUGCCGCCCGAUUUCGCCGCCUGCGUCGAUACAGCUCACAUGCCGACAUGGAAUAUCGAGUCGCAGACACCUCCAUCAGCCCUGCGGAGUUUGAAGCUGACUCACGCUGGGUCCGUGCCGUGAAAGCACACCGUGCAGCCGCGGCCCACCAGCCCGUCAUCUCGCCACCGCCUGCCUCGCCACCAUCCAAGACUGCCUGCACUACCACUCUCCGUUGUCACGCUCCCCUACCUUGCCUCCCAGCGGAGGACUUCAAGAUCGUCUACAGACCGGGAGGAGGGCUUGACCUCCGCACAACCACUAAUGGAGCCCUGCUCCAAAUCCUUUGCACUUGUGCGACCAUCGACUAUGCCAGCACACGCACCGCCGACCGUGUACGGAUAAAUCCGUACAACAACUCCCUUACUGUCAGCACCCCAUCUGAGCCGCGCGCUCGCCUCUACCUCCUGGUUUCAGAACUCCGCCUGGGUGCCAUAUCUUAUCCCCUGCGUGCCUACAUGGCCGCACCCGACAACGCCCUCCGCAGCAUCAUACACAAUGCAGUAGACUCCCAAACCCAGGACGAGAUCGUCCAAGACCUCCAGUCAAUGAACGUGAACACCCCCUACGCCAUCGCUGACGCGCGCCAGAUGGGGCGCUCUCAAUCCAUCCUCAUCACCUUCGUCGGCACUUCUACUCUUCCCUCCACCAUCGCCUUCAACUGCGGGGUCUACCGCUGCCACCCCUUCCGCCCGAGAGCCGAGGCCUGCAGGAACUGCUGGGCUCCUGGCCACCGAGCGGAUGUCUGCACCAAGCCCAAGUCCGCCCUCUGUCAUUGUUGCGGCCAGGCCCACAAGCCAGUCGAGCCCCCGGUCUGCGUCCCGUGAUGCAUCCUGUGCAAGGGAGCCCACGUCACGGGCUCGCACUCGUGUGGGCUCCGGUUCGAGCGGAACGGCCCGUCAUCGCCUCCGGCCAUCUCCAAGCACCAGCCUCCCCCACCAGCGCCACCCACCGUGCCCAUCCUCAAGACCUCUCGGCCUUCCCAUCCCCACCGCCACUCUGUCUCCCGUGGUGCCCAGUCUGCCAACCGCCAACGCUCCGUCUCCUUCCCACCUCUGCCUAGAUCCGAGGCGUCCACCGCCCCCACCACUACCACCACCACAUCAACGGUAAGCUGGAAGCCGCAGCCUCACACGUCGGACCCCCAAACCGCGGCCCUUGAGGCCACUAUCACUGCCCAGCAGCUCCAAAUUCAGGAGCUGUCGCGCCAGCUGCAGGCCGCGCUAGUGCGUCUGUCCUCCCCCGCUCCUCCUCCUACUUCCCCAGCUCCCGCACCUCCACAGCUAGCGGAGGACGUCGCGACUAGGCAUGGCCUGGACGCCACAACCGGCAGCCUGAAGGCCGCCCACAACGCUGCUUUUUAAUUUGUUUUUCUUUUGGCCUUCUCAUCAAUAAAAGUUUUUCACCGGCACCCCCCCGCCUGCCACCUCAUGCCGCUGCACCUGCCCGUCUUAGUUCAUGUGGACUGACAUACGUGAAUGUGUUGAACCUUCUGUUUAGCGACUCGUGUGACAGACUUCGCUAGCAGUUGUGUAGAAGCUCAUAGGACUUGAGGUACAGUCUUGGUUUGUCUAGCUUGUCUAACGAGCGUACUUUGUGCAGGAGUAUGUUUUAGUUUGUCCUGUGUCAUAUUGUAAACACCCAUGAGUAUGCAUUGAAUGAGUUGCCUCACUG